CCACUCCAAACCACAAAUAUCCAAAUCAUAAUAAUGAUUUCUAGCACCUCACGCAAACCGCCCUGAUUAUAGCCGUCAUAAAAUUUACGUCACUCCUCAAUUUCCACCAACAAUCCCCACAACCCGUGAAUUGUGUGUCCUCUUGGCAACUAAAUUUAUAUCACCUCUACGGAUCUAUCAACUACUUCACCAACAUCCAGCGCCAAAAAGAAAAGAAACAAUGCGUCCCGCACUCCUCCGCCCUCUCCGUCGCCUCUCCCCCGGCCGCCCCUACACCACCACCAAGCCCCCUUCUCCAACCCCUGCCCCCGCAACCCCACCUGACACAUCCACACGCACCCGCCUCAACAAGCUCCUCGACCGGACCCCCAAAUUCCUGCACCCCUACACAAACGGUCUCCGCAACGCCCCAGUCAGCCACAUCAUCUCCUUCCUCAUCCUCCACGAGCUAACCGCCAUCAUCCCUCUCAUCGGUCUCAGCGCCGCCUUCCACUAUUCAGAGUGGACGCCAGAGUGGAUGAGGGAGAGGGGGGAGGAGUAUGAGGGGCGGUUUAGGAGGUAUUUUGGGCGGAAGGGGUGGUUUGGUGUGGAAGCCGUAGGGGAUGGUGGGGUGGCUGCGAGUGGGGUGGAUGGGGUUGCGGAGGGGGAGGGGAUGAAGGCGGAAGGGGGCGGGGGAGGGGUAAGGAUCGUGAUGGAAGUUGCGACGGCGUAUGCGGUUACGAAGGUCUUGUUGCCGGUAAGGAUUGUGGGGAGUGUAUGGGCGACGCCGUGGUUUGCGAGGGUGGUUGUGGGGAGGUUUAAGAGGUUGGGGGGACUGGGGAGAUAGCUUUGUGGUUUGGGAAGGGGAGGAGGAUGGAUGUGAACUAGGGCGAAGGGGAUUGGGAUGAAAGAUGUAUGUAUAGAGGCUACUGCGAAGAUCCGCAGUGGAUAUUGUAUAAUAGACAGUUGUUUCGGCGAAUAUAUGGGAAGACCGAGAGACAAGGUAUUUAGCCAACCAGGUAUCAGUAGACGAGGCUGCGAGUCUUCAACUUAAACAUGCCUAAUAUAUACUCACAACGCGUAUAUCAU